AUGAUCAAGAUUCCUCCCGCGACUCCCCGCAUUAAGACAAAAUUGUCUCUAGAUACAAAUUAUUCUAAUAUGGGCUCACCAGCAUCGCCUUCCUCACCGACAUAUAGCCCUUGCGCUUCACCUACGCUUUCGGGCUCUUGGAAUAUGAGUAUGAAAUCUCACGCUGAACUCACCGCUUCAUUGAAAGAAGCUUAUAAUUUAGUAAAGGAGAAAGAAAGAGAUCUUACUCUUGCUGCAGAAAUUGGCAAAAGUCUUCUUGAAAAUAAUAUAGCUCUUAAAGCAAAAUAUGAGGAACUCGUCAUUGAAUAUCAACAAUUACAACGUAAAGAGCGAAGUAAAGCUACUUUUGCUUUACACGCUGAAAAACCAAACGUUGUUCCGAUAGCUCCUCCUAGUAGUUCUGUUAUUGAAGAAAGUGAUUUUGAGGAUAGUGAUACGGAUUUACUCCAUAAUAGUUCCUUUGAAGCAUCACCUCAAUUAAAAUACGAAAGACCUGAUAAAUUAAGGAAUCGUAAAAAGAGUGAUCAACAAAAUAUUAGUUAUAAAGAUCUUGAAAACAUUAAAGAAUUAGAACUUAGAAAUCAAUUACUCACAUCUCAGCUUGAUGAACUUAUGAGAGAACAUAAUGAGAGUGAUAGAUCUAAUAAAACAAAAAUACGUAAAUUAGAAACCGAUCUUCAGCAUUAUCAAGAUGUUUAUUCAUCUGCCACCCAUCAAAUAGAAAUCUUGGAACAAGAAAACGAACGUUUAUUACAAAAACAAAAAGCAGAUUUUUGGAAUAUUAAAUAUAAUAAAAAAUCAUCAAAUGAUGAUGAUAUUAUUGAAACUUUACUAAAUAAAGUCACAGAUUUAGAAUCUCAGAAUAAUGCCGUUGAACGUACCAAAGCUGAAAUCGAGAAACGACUUCAAAGAGCUGUACGGGAUUUGGAUGCACUUCAAGAACAAUUUAAUGAUUUGUCUGAACAAUCAAAAGAUUAUGAAUUAUUAAAGAUUGCAAAUCGAGAACAAGAACUUCUUAUCAAUGAGCUCAAUGAAUCUCUGGAAGAACAACGUGCUAUGAUCAUGGGUAUGAGGUCAAAUAUGUACUCGAGAAAUCCUUCAAGGUCAAACUCUUUUUCUUUUUCUGAUAAUGGUAUGAUGACAAAUGCUUUAAGGCGACUAAGUAAUCCCGAUGGUGUAACACCGGCAAGUCCCAAUUCACAACAACAAGGUUUUGGUAGUAAAAUUCGAACAACUUUACUUUCUGAAUUAGAAAAUGUGUGGUUUAAAGAAGCAAACCUAUUUAAUAGAGAUAGAAGAAAGUCUACUUGUGAAUCACCACCUGCUUUCUCCCCUAUCUCUUCUGAAAAAGAUUUAGCCAAUUUCUUUUUGAAUGGUUCACAACCUGAUGAUGAUAUAUCUCAAUUAGAUUAUUUAUCUGAUGAUGAUUUUAGUUUCUUGGAUGAAUUUGAAGAAGAUGAUGAGAUGGCAAUGCGUAAACGAGAAUGGUUCUGGAGGCG